CAUCAGUUGACAUAAUGGACUACAAUGGAAUACGGUUGCAAAUAGACACAGAUGGAAUUGCUGUGGUUAUAAUGUGUAAUGGCGAUAACAAAUUUACCAUGGACUUUGUGAGAACAUGGCAUCAAGUUUUGGACGACAUCGAAAAAAAUGAAGAUAUAACUGGGCUUAUAACAAUUGGCGAAGGGAGAGCUUUUAGUACAGGACUCGAUAUAAACUGGCUGAAAACACAAAGUCCGACAACUCUUGAUGAAUAUCAUGACGAACUUCAUAAGCUUUAUAAACGCCUUAUGUCCCUUGGACUAACUACGGUGGCGGUAAUAAAUGGUCAUGCUAUAGCGGAAGGUGCGUUUAUUGCCCUUAUGCAUGAUUAUAGGAUCAUGAAACAGGGUCGGUGCUGGAUCAACUGGCCAGAGGUACAUGUGAAAUUACCUUUCACAAAAACAAUGAUUGAUCUCUUCCGUGUUAAGGUACAAAAUGGCGCUGCAGUACGGGAAGCGUUAGUGUUUGGUAAACGUCUAGAUGCGGAGUCAGCAAAGUCACUAGGGAUUGUUGAUUUGGCUACAUCAGAAAGCUAUUUGAUGAAUGAAGCUAAGAAAACACUUAGAAAUGCAAUAGGAAAGUUAUCUUUGACUAGGGGUUUCUUUAAUGACAUGAAAAGUGAUAUAUACAAUAAUUAUGUCGUGCAAGAAAAACUUGCAGGAAAAUUGUGAUAUUAAAUGGAUCGGAAUAAAUGGGUAUUCAUUCUUAUAUAAAUAUGCUGUUGUUCUUUUCAUAACUCGAGUCAUGUCAUGUUGAACUAACGGUUAGGCUUUAUCGACAGUAUCCUGUGAAAUGGUAAGCUGUUUGUUCUAUUCUGGUUAUACUUGCUGUUCUUAAUGUUUCCAGACAGUCUUCAUUUUUCUUUUACAUUUUUGAUGCAUGAUUUACGUACUCUGUAACAUGGUUAGGCCUGAUUACUACGUACUACCAUUAGAGAUAGCAAAGGCGAUUAUAGAAAAUGAUGAACUUUUAAAUCAUUGAAACAUCCUUGUUACGGUAUUCCACUAUAUAUAUUUCGAAAAGCUGCAAGAUUGACACCAUAAACAUUAUAUUCCUGGAUACUUAUAGCCUUGCAGGAUAUCCUAGCAUAGCUCAUGUAAAAAAAAAUACUGUAUUUUAUUUAUGAUUGUCGUGGGUCAAACUUUUGCCCAGUUUUGAUCAUACAAUUAAAUUUAUUUUAAGAUACAUUUGUAUCUUCAAAAUUCAAGACGAUGAUAAUAUCAUUUGUAGAGAUAUAUAUGAUAGGAACGUUGUUGCGAAUUAAAUUAAUCUUACAGUCUUUAAAAUGCAGAAUUUUCAUUUUCUCUGUUUUAU